GGUAGAAUCUAGAACAGUCUGUGAAAUAACAGAUAACAAAACAAUAACACAGUCAGGGAAGGUGGGAAAGCAGGACAUUUCCCUAGGGCACCAUAUGAAUUCUGGAGCCAUCUGAUGUGUAGCAGUUUGCAACAUCAGUCAAGGACACACCUGUUGGAGACUACAUUUUAGCAAUUCCUAACCUUUGCUUUCAGAAUAGAAGGCCAUACAGGCAGAAGCUGUUGUGAUACAGGCAGGUGCUAUUGUGUCUCUUGAUGCUUAAAGGUAGCAUCAGGAUGCCCUGAUGUUCUGAAAAGGAGCAGAUGGAAGAUUUUUUUGCAUAUUUGUAAAGAUUAAUUCUAAAUCCAUGAGGCAUGAGAGUAAAUGUGAGUACUUUGCUGAGUGUGAGAUUAUUUAAUUAUAUGUUUUUAAAAGACAAUGAGAAAAACUCAGAGCCAAGAUAGAUGAUGUUCUGUUAAUACCUCAUGCUGGGCUGCAGUGUGGGCCCCGCUCUGAGUUAGUACCAGCUGGCAGCAGUGAGCACACGUGUGGGAGGUGCAUCCAGGUAAAGGAACUCCUCUGCAUAGUGGCAGAGCUCUGGGAGGAAGUGAGUAGGCUGAGGAGUAUCAGGGAGGGGCAGACAGAUAGAAUCACACCUGGCCUUCCCUGAGACAGGCCCAACAGUCACAGGACAUGAUACGGACAAUUCCCUGUCCUCUCUCCACCUGGCUGAGCACAGCGACUUAAGGCUAUGGGGCAAUGGCAACAAGUUCCUUCCCAGGUGUGUCUCCUCUGUGACUACCUUCACAGGUGUCCUGCCACAACAGGUGUGAGGCUCUGCAAGUGGAACUGAGUAGUAGCAAGUAUGAUGGUUCAUCUAGCUUGGAGGGGUCACUGAGGUUACAUUACCCUACACCCUGUGUCAAACUCAUUGCUCUCCACAACUGAAAGCAGGCUGUAGUGAGGUGUGGGUGAAUCUCUUCUCUCAAGUAACAGAUGAUAGGACGAGAGGAAAGGAAACAGCCUCAACUUGCCCCUGGAAGGCUUAGAUUGGAUAUUAGGAAAAAUUUCUUCAUUGCAAGGUUUGACAAGCAUUGAAGCAGGCUGCCCAGGGAAGUGGUGAUGUCACCAACCAUGGAGGUAUUUAAAAGACAUGUAGAUGUGGCACUUAGGGACAUGGUUUGGUGGUGGACUUGGUAGUGUUAGAGCAAUGGUUGGACUCGAUGGUCUUAAAGUCUUUUCUAAUCUAAACUAUUCUAUGAUUCUUGUGUUUGAUCACAUUUUCUUAAUAUAUAUUUACUGCCCUAAGUCCUGACUUAGUUGCAUCAAUUUUGUGGAUUUAAUCCCAGUAUUUUGAUACUUAGAAGGUGAAGUUUAGUAUGCAACAGAGAGUAUUUUCCCUUUGAUUAAGGAUUUAUAUGAUUUAUAUGAUGCUGAAUACUGUGACAGUGUGACCAGAAUUUAGACAGGACUAUCACUAUUGCCAGGCUGCUCACACCCUGCCUGUAUGAACUUCUAAAUGGCACCCAAAUCUUCAACAGUGUAGUGUGAUGAGAUGGGAUGUGUAGUGUAAUGCUGGGAUUGUGUUGCAAAGUUCUCAUUGGAAAUCUGAGGGGAAGCAUGUGAUAUGGAAACAUUGGCAAGGCAGCUUGCCUGUCACAUGUGAAGGCUGUGAGGCUGUGAAGCAACAAAACCAAAUAGCUGUCACCUCUGUGAAUUCCCAGUCAGAGACAAAGCCUUCCUAAUUUUACAGGAGAUAAGGAGCAAAUUUCAUCCCUUAUGAAAUGAUGAUGAAAAUGUAGGAGCAUCUCAAGAACAGAGAGACGGUGGAGCUGUGUUUCCAUGAGUUUUUAUAACAAGUUGGAGCCCUAUCAUCUGUGUUCUCCACAAAGCAACACUGCAAAGGCAGAAACCUUUUUUUCCCCCGUCAAAGCAAAUAUAUUUAGAAACACUGAUAAUUCUUUACCAUUCACAUAUGAUGAUUCCAGUUAUAAAGAAAUUAUGGGUUUUUUACUCUGUUGGCUUCCAAGUAGCUAAUAUACCUUGAAUUAAUGCAAAACAUAUUCUCUGUAAUGAAUUUAGAGGAAGAAAAAGUAAAUUAUAAACCUGCAUUUGUCUGUAUUACUGACAUACCCAUUUCACCUUCAGUUUAAGAUGGACAUCUACUUAAAAUACAUAACUAAUCCAAUAGUUUCAGUUAAUGUCUUUUUAUUGCAGUUGAAGUACCUUUUUGGAAAGACUUUUUAUGGUUUAUGAAUAUUGAAGCACAGAGCUUCUACAGCAAUAGAUAUAUUAUAGGAAAAUAGAUUAUAGGAAUAUAACUAUGAUAGGGUCAGAGCAGGCACAGGGUUUAGGUGAGCCAUGGGCAUGAUAAAGGAGAAAAUUUGAACCUGACUUACUCUUUAGUAUGGACUGAACUUUGCCUUAGGCUGGGAAUGCAGUUGUCCAACACUAGGCCUAAAAGUUGGCUAUGAACCCUUCCUAAAAUGUCCCUCUAUUGCAUGCCAAAUGGGCAGAUGACAAUGGGAGUGUAAGCUCAAGAUACUUUUAAAUGAUGAAAAAUUUCUCACAGUGAACUACAGUAAGUGACAAAGGCACAUGGAGCUCAGAGAACAUCACUGUGCUUAAUAUAUAGUUAAAGAGCAAUAGAAAUAUUUUAACUUUUCUAGAAAAAACCAAUGUAUUGUAUACAGUCAUGAGUAUACUUCAUGGUAUACUAUAGCAUACCAUCUUAUAACAAUAAAAAUCUAGUAUACCAAGCUCAGAAGGAAUGCACUUUGAAAAAGUGAUUUCAGGUGUGCAUCCAGCUAAAAUAUUACUUUUACAACAUGCCCUGCAUAUCACCUGCCUUCUCAGCUGUGAGCUCCGCGGCUUGAAAUUUUUGCAGCUGGUUUCCACUUCUUGCUGCUUGGACAAACACAGGCUCUGGUAUUGGUUUGCUUUGAAAUAUGGCUGCCAAGCUGCAUUUAAACUAAAAAGCAGUGGAGAUGCUUCAGAAACAGAUCCUUCCAACUUCAUUAAAAAACAAGCUAUUGAUGCGGUGACUGAUAUUAACAUGCUCAGGGUGUUCAAGGCUUUUCUUGAGACCACGCCACAACUUUUUGUCCAGAUUUACAUCCUCAUGCAACAUGGCAAAACUAAUUGCUAUCAAUAUGCUGCCAUUUUUAUGUCUUUGUGUGGUAUCUCCUUUUCAAUGGCUGAUUAUCAGAUGUCAUUACAAAAAUCUCUGCCUGACAAAGGUGAAUUUCGUGUGCCUUCCAAGUUCAUGUAUCUCUUCUAUAAACUGCUUACCAUCACUUCUUGGGUACUCAGUAUUUCACUUAUCACUCUACUGAGUGUUAGAAUUUCUGUAAUUCUGCUGAUAUUUCUUUGGAUCUGUGGCUUCACUUGGACUUUGAAACAAUGUACAACAUUUUGCAAAUCUAAGAAGAUGGAAUAUCUGUACAGAACUGUAGUUGGAAUAAUUCUAAUUUUUACAUUUUUUAACAUAAAGGAGAGAAGAACGAAAGUUUGCAUUUCUAUUUAUUAUGCUACUCACACUGUAGUAACUCUAGGUAUUUUGUUUGUAUAUAUGUUCUGGAAACCUUCCAUUAUCAAGGAAAUACAUUUUACAAUUGUGAUCAUCUUAACUAUUUUACAUCUGGUGUUAGGUAUUAUUUUUCUUGUUGUUUAUUAUAAGCAUUUUCAUCCAACUACUUAUUGCAGACCACAGGCAUGUUUAGAUGAAGUUGAUGGAACGACAGGACAAAAAGAUAGAGUGAAAACCAGCAGAUUUCAAAAUUUUUUAAUGCCAUGAAUGGUAUAGAUCUUUUUUUGUGAAGACUUCAAAGCAAAUACUGGACAAUCUGUUUCUCUGUCUUGUUUCUUAUGUAUCAUCACAUAAGGGACCAGAGUUAUUGACUUUGAAUAACUAUUUGUUUUCUGUGAUGCUGUACAAAAACUGUAACAUGAAUAUUCACCUGCUGGUGAAAGUUACUUUUGAAAAAGAAACAAUCUAUCUAUCCAACACAUUCCACCGUUUUAGUUUUUUUCGCAAGGCAAAUGUAACAUAGGAAAAGCUAAAAGUUAAUAAAAUGAAACCUAGCAUUAA